GAGAACACAUGUACACUGCGCGAGCCGCGAGGGAGAAUGUGCUCAGUUAUAUUUGUAAUGCUUUAAGUUAAAUAAAUAAAUACAUAAACAAACCCAUUUAAUACGCUUCCUCAAGAAAAGAAAAGGUCUGAAAAGGUGUGGCCAUGGCAGCCAACACGCUGCGGUUUAAAACAAACUAUGCUGUCUCCAGUAAAAUCGAGCCAUUCUACAAGGGAGGGAAAGUACAGAUAAGCCGUGAUGAAAAUCACAUCUUUUGCACCUCUGGACCACGAGUCAACAUUUUGCAGAUUUCUACUGGCAAAAUUCUCCACAGUAUUGAACAGGAUGAUCAAGAGGACAUCACCUCGUUCUCACUCAGCCCUGAUGAUGAGAUACUGGUGACUGCCAGCAGGGCUCUACUGUUGAAGCAAUGGGACUGGAAGGAAGAGAAGUGUACUCGCACGUGGAGGGCGAUUCACAACGUGCCUGUGGCUAGCAUGGCAUUCGACUGCACCUCCACUCUUCUGGCAACUGGGGGUUGUGAUGGCACUAUAAAGCUGUGGGAUGUCGUCAAACAGUACUGCACGCACAAUCUAAAAGGCUCUUCUGGCGUUGUUCAUUUGGUGCAGUUUCAUCCAGAUAUCACCCUGCUGCAGCUCUUCUCGUCCUCUAUGGAGUGUGGAAUCCGUAUUUGGGACCUGCGCACCAGCAAGUGCAUCUGCAUCCUGGAGAGCCACUUCAGCGCGGUCACGUCACUUGCCUUUUCUCUCGAUGGCUUCACUUUAAUUAGCUCUGGUCGAGACAAAAUCUGCACAGUGUGGGACCUUAAAGAGAGGAAAGUAAAGAGAACCGUUCCUGUGUAUGAGGCUGUGGAGGGUGUAGUCAUUCUGCCAGAAAACGAGGAUUACUCAAAGCUUGGCGUGAAAAGCAAAGAACUACACUUUGUCACUGCUGGCAGUAAAGGUGUGCUGAGGGUCUGGGAGUCGAGCUCAGCACGGUGUGUGUUCACACAGACGCUACCGAACGCUGCAGGCUCCCAGUCAGAGGAAGAGGACGGGGAUCCUCUGAGCUUAGUGUACUGCAUGUUUCUGCCUCUUUGCAACCGCCUGGCUACAGUCACAGCCGAGCACAACAUCCUGUUCUACCAGCUGCCCUCUCUCACUGUGCAGCACCAGUUUGUGGGCUAUAACGAUGACGUUCUGGAUGUCAGGUUUCUGGGAAAACAGGACAGUCACAUAGUUGUGGCCACAAACAGCUCACAACUCAAGGUGUUCGAGCUGGCCACCAACAGCUGCCAGAUUCUUUACGGUCACACAGACACUGUCCUCUCCCUGGAUGUGUUUAAAAAGCGUUGCAUGUUUGCAAGCUGUGCCAAGGAUAACUCUGUGCGGGUGUGGAAGAUGGACCUCGCGACCGGUCAUGUAGAGUGUGUGGCUCAGGGCCAUGGCCACUCCAACGCUGUGGGCUCCAUUUCGUGCUCCAGGUUAAAGAAGGCCUUCCUGGUGUCUGGAAGUCAGGACUGCACUAUCAAAAUAUGGGAUCUGCCUGAUAAUCUUCCUGGUCCGGGUGUCGAGCCGGUCCAGCUUACUGCUCGAGUCACUGAGAAGGCCCAUGAUAAAGAUGUAAACAGCGUGGCUGUCUCACCCAAUGACAAGCUGCUAGCUUCUGGUUCUCAAGACCGCACAGCCAAGCUCUGGUCCCUGGCCGACAUGAGCCUGCUCGGGGUACUCCGCGGUCAUCGCCGAGGCAUCUGGUGUGUACAGUUUUCUCCUGUGGACCAAGUGCUGGCCAGUGCAUCAGCUGAUGGCACAAUCAAGCUCUGGGGCCUUCAUGACUUUAGCUGUCUCAAGACGUUUGAAGGACACGAUGCCUCUGUCCUGAAGAUAAUAUUUGUCAGCCGAGGCACUCAGAUAGUUUCUGGUGGUUCCGAUGGUCUUGUGAAGCUCUGGACUAUUAAAACCAAUGAGUGUGUGAAGACCUUUGAUGCUCACCAGGAUAAAGUGUGGGCUCUGCACGGCAACAGCAGCGAUGAUCUGAUUGUGACCGGAUCCGCUGACUCUAACAUCACAGUUUGGAAGGAUGUCACAGAGGAAGAACUAGCAGAGGAGCAGGCGAAGCAAGAGGGUCAGAUUCUCAAGCAACAGGAGUUAUCUAAUCUGCUUCAUGAGAAGAACUUUUUAAAGGCUCUGGGCAUAGCCAUCUCGCUGGAUCAGCCUCAUACUGUGCUUCGAGUCAUCAAAGAAAUCCAGCAAGAGGAGGAGGCUGAGCAGCAUCUGGAGAAAACCAUCCUUAGACUACGGCAGGACCAAAAGGAGUCUCUGCUGCGAUACUGCGUGGUGUGGAACACAAAUGCACGAAGCUGUCUGAGCUCCCAGGCAGUGUUACAGGUGCUACUGACUCACCUGAGCCCAGACGAGCUGCUGCAGUUCCAAGGAGCGCGCACUCAUCUAGAGGGUCUUAUCCCCUAUACUGAGAGACACAUGCAAAGGAUCAGCCGUCUGCUCCAGGCCUCCAUGUUCCUGGAUUACAUGUGGCAGAAGAUGCGAGUGACAGGAAGUAAAGACAGUGGGGAAAUGCAGGGAGAAGAGAUGAACACCGAGCCACAGAACAUAAUUGUACUUGACAAGAAUCCAGGGCGGGAAAAACCGAGUGGACAGCAGGAGAAUUCUGAACACAGUGAUGACAUGGAGGACGCAGACAGCAGUGAAGAAGACUCGGAGAAUGACGACAGUGACAGUGUCAUCGCAUUGAAGGGUUUUAGAUCCAGAAACAAGAGGGUAAACAGUGUAAAAAACAGAGGUCAUCCAUCCAAUGUUGAGAGCUCUGAUGAUGAUGAUGAUGAGGAGGAGGAGGAGGCGGAAAUUUCCACGGUUGGUCCCAACAAGGCUGCAAUGCUAACUUCGUGCAUUGCAACCACUGUGAGCUGAUCACUAAGAUAUAAACUGUAACAUUUUCUGUAUACAGUACUGAUUUGUGUUACCGUGUUAAAAGAGAGCAAGGACCAGGCCUUACUGUUAACAGCUAGUAUUAAGCUGAGAGUCAUUUAAUUGCAUGUACAAUUAUAAAUGACCUUCUUUUCAUACCACCUUCCUAAAUCCAGGAAAAAGAUUUUAAUAAAUUCAUUGUUUUAAUUAAGUUCUUUAAAUUUGUUUUGGUUACAUCAGAUGAAAUGUUGCACAUAAAAUCCCUUUUGUGGCAUUGUAUAGAAAAUUUGCCUCCUGUCCUAGGUGAAUUGUUAAGUCUUCAAUUUACUUCUUAAGAUUCAACCCUGACAUCUUCCUACUCCUGUCCUAAAGCAAAAAGGUAAAUGUGAUUUACACUGCAAACUAGCAAAACAUAAAUAUUUGGCAAUUGCCAAAGUUGUUAGGUGUCUACCGCAGUUGCAAGUGCUGAUUUUUAACAUAUUUAAGGGUGAUUACAUCCAAAUCAGGACAUAAAUGUUUUAUGGACCAAAGGUUUUUUGAUUGGGUGAUUGCUCAAUAGUUCCAUGGCCAUUUCUUACUAUUGACAUUAAGUCCGAAGAGCUGUCAUUGCCAGUAGCAACAUCUUAAGGCAUCAUUAGAUUGGAUAAAAAGUCCAUUUAGUUUUGGAACAGUGUGGAAAGACAAACAUUACCUGUUUUACAGUGACUGGAAGAGAAGUAUAUAAAGAUGGAACUUAAUUCCUCAUAAUCCAUAGCACUUCACCUUAUCUUAUGGUGCGUGUAUGUAUAGCUGCAAGUGGGACAAGUUACCUUGUAUUUAAUUAGGUCACUGGUGGAAAAAGGCAACAGGAUAAAUUCUAUCAAAUUCAUCUCCAGAACAUGGAGCAAAAAAAAAUUCCACCACAGUGCAUUCUGUGAAAUUCCCCAUGUUGGAUGUACCUCCUUUUUUUUUUUAAGGGACCAAACAUAAGUAUUGGUGUGACAUCAUGAUGCCCAAGCCCUAUUUGAACAGUGUCCAUCUGGUUUGGAUGUAACUACCCUCGGAUAAAAGCUAUUUUUCUAUUGCAUGCAUCUUAACUAGAUAUUAUAACAUUUUAAGUCUCAGACUACACAUACCUAAUAUGUUUUUCUUAGACCCUUUGGAAUAUUUCUUGAAUCAUCCUUAUUGUUUGCAAAACUGUAAGUGCACAACCUGGUCAAAAUCUUUAGUUUAUUUUUCAAAAGUAUAGUAAAUAUUUAUGUAAAUGAACCUGUCAUUGCCAUCAGAAUGACAAGUCUGUAUGUGUAAUUGUUUGAAAUAAUCAUUUUGUCAGUAGACAAUGUACUCUAAGUAUUUUCUAGAAAAAAAAAAUGCAUGUAAAAAAACUAUGGCUAAGAUUUGAUGAUAAUUGAAAAUGCAAUUUUUAUGACGUAUAUUAAUUCAAUCGAUACAAAGUUACACAUAACUGUACGUGAAGGAUUUACUGAAGAGAUUGAACAGGAUUCAUUUUCACACUUUU